AUGGACAGUGGGAGGGGACACGGGGAGUGGCGCUGUGACGACAGAGACGAUUUUCCGCCGAAAAAACGCCGGUUUUUGCCAACGGCGGAACAAGCGAGGCCACGCCCCCCCGCCGGGGUCCCGCCCCUCGGCGCUCCAAUGCCCCGCCCCUUGGUACAGCGUUGCCACGCCCCCUCCAUCGCCGUGUUAGGCGAGACCACGCCCCUUAUCAUCUUCGUCACCGGACCACGCCCCCUCGGCGAGCCGAGACCACGCCCCGUGGCCACACAGACCACGCCCCUCUCCGCCCCUUGCCCCGCCCACACCCCCAUCUCCAGCCAAUGUUCUGCGGCGGAGACCAGACCACGCCCCUCCCUCCGCACCCAGGCCACGCCCCCCCUCCCCCGGGCGGCCCCGCCGGUGCGGCAGGGGGCGCUGUGCGCGCGGCCCCCUCAGCGCCGUGAGGCGGCUCCGGGCCGGGCCUGGGGAGGCUCCGAGACCGGCCCCGCUCCGGCCCCGCUCCGGCCCCGCUCCGGCCCCCGCUCCGCUCCCACAACCCCUCCGACCCCUCCAGCCACCCCGCCCCGAGGUGAGCCCGGCCCCGCCGCCGCCCCCGCCUCGCUCCGCCCCGGCACCCCCCCCCCUCCCCACAGCGCGGCCUUCCCUCCGUCCCCCCCCCGCCCCUUCCUCAUCGGCCUCUUCCUCCUCCUCCUCCUCCUCCUCCUCCUCCGCCGAGCGCUUCGUGGCGCAGGGAAAUAA